GAAAAAUUCCCCAAAUUGAACACUGCACAAAAAUCCUAACCAAUUCACUCUUUCUUCGAAUCUCUCCUAAUUUUGCUUCCCCCUUUCUUCCCCAAAAUUCAAUUUCUCUGUGGUUCCUCAAAUCUCUUACCUUUCGGAAUCUCGAAUUAGAACGAUUCAGAAUCGAUUAGGGUUCGUGCUAUAUCUGCGUUCCCAAUAACAUGGACGAUAUGGAAGAUGAUGCAAGGUACCCUCCAAAGUCCUUCUCUUUGCAUCGCCAAAACCCAUCCCAUCGCCAGAAACACCCAAUUCGAGGUGCCCCAUAUCAUCAAAGACCAGUAGCCACUCGCUACGAGGAGGUGGACGACGAGGAAGACGAAGAAGCCGAGGAAUACGACGAUUACGACGACGAAAACGACGCCGGGGAGGACGAAGAAGUCGAAAACGCAAAUGGGUAUGGCGGGAAUUUCGAAGAGGAUGAUGGGUUCGGGAGGAGCAACACGAGGAAGAGGAAGGUACGAGGUUCCUCCUCGGGAAUCUCGAACUACGAGUUUGCACCUCGCGUGAAAUUCUCGUACGGGAAUAAUCGUGGGGGCUCGGAGGAAUGGACGGAGGAAGCGACUUUUGUGCUGUUGGAGGUGUGGGGUGACAAAUUCCUUCAACUUGGGAGGAACAGUUUGAGGUCUGAGGAAUGGAAAGAUGUUGCUGAGAAGGUUUCUGAGGAAUUGGAGGUUGAAAGGACAGUGGCACAAUGUAGGAGCAUGUUGGAUAAGCUUAAAAGGAGGUACAAGAAAGAGAAGGCUAGAAUGGAUGAAAUGGGUGUGAGUUCUUGUAAAUGGGCUUAUUUUAAGAAGAUGGAUAUGUUGAUGGCUUCAUCUGCAAGGCAAGAGUAUGGGCUUGCUUGUGGGGUUGAUUCUGGUGAGUAUGUGUUCAUGAAUACAAGGGUGUAUUUGAAUAGGUCCAAUGAGUUUGAUGAGAUGAGGGAUAGUCCUGUUGAGUCUGAGACCUCUGACGAGAAUGAUUCCGAUGGGGUUGCGACCGCGCCGAGGAGGUCCGGUGGUGGCGGUGGUGGUGCUGAUGAUGAUGAGGAUGAAGAGGAGGAGACUUCCUUUAGGGUGCUGGCUGAUUCUAUUCAGAAGUUUGGGAAAAUAUAUGAGAAGAUUGAGAAUAGUAAGAGGCAGCAGAUGAUGGAGUUGGAGAAGAUGAGGUUGGAUUUUAAUAGGGAGUUGGAGCUGCAGAAGAAGCAGAUUUUGGAAAGGGCUCAGGCUGAAAUUACAAAAAUACAGGAAGGAGAUGAGGAUGACCAGGACACUUCUGCAGAGAAUCUCAGUGAAUGAUGUCAUAAAGUGGCUACUACGGCUACACCGAAGAUAAGGGAUACUGAAAACUUAGGACACAUACAUCAUUAAGACUCAAAUAACUAAAUGAAACAGAGGAUGUAGCAAUAUGAAACUCCGAAACAGAGGUUGGAAACAAAGGCUGGGACUGUGCAAAAUAUAGGCUUCCAUAAGGCUGCUGUGUGAAAUACAGAAAGAAGUUGCAUGAAGAACUGAGCAAGAAGCUGUCAGAGUGCAAAAAUGGUGGAUGGCUGUAUGGGGAAGUUUGUUUACCUUGCCUUACUUUGGUCAUUUGGUCAUACAAGAUUUUAAUAAAAUAUAGCUAUGGGGAAGUUUGCUUUACACAGAUUCACUGGCCUUUUAUGCAUUAGAGGGGGUGUGCUUUUAUGCUUUCCAAUGCACAACCCUAUGGCUUAUAUCUUGUUCCCGGAAUCCGGGUUCUUGAAUAUAUACUAUGUUUGGAUUCGUAAUUGUAUAUGUACAUAUUUGUCUAGUAAUAUUAAAUGGUGCAAGGUAUCUGAUUCUUCAAUAAUAUUUAAAAAUGAUAUU